AUGACAGACACAAAUCAUCCCACGCAUCUGUCGCCCAGCGAACUCGGCACGAAAGAUUAUUGGGACACAUUCUACGCGCGCACCCUCGCACACCUGUCUCAGAAACAGACCCCUACGAAUCCCAACGAAGCUCAACAGACGCAAGUGGAGGCAGACGAAGAAGAUGACGAUGAGGAUGAAGAAGAAGACGUCGACGACGACUCCGACCCCGGCACGUCCUGGUUCUCAGAGUACAACGCGCCGGAUAAAGUUCUGCGGUUUUUGACGGGCGAGGAGUUUCCGCUUGCGCCUGUUAAUACUAGUACCUCUGGGACUACGGAGGGGGAAGGGAAAGAAGGGAGAAAAGAACAACCGAGUAUUCUCGACUUGGGAACCGGUAAUGGAAGCAUGCUUGCGCUGUUGCGGAAACGGGGCCACUUCCGCGGGGAGAUGGUGGGGGUGGAUUAUUCCCGCGCGAGUGUGGAGCUGGCGAGAAGGUUGCAGGUGUUGAGGGCGCAUGAGGCUUAUUUGAGUGAUUCUGAGGAUGAGGGGGAGGAUGGGGUUGAAGAGGGGGACGAGGGGAAAGAGAUUCGGUUCGAAGAGUGGGAUAUUCUGCGCGCGGAGGGAUGGGCGCUGGCGGAUGCGGACAAUGGCGGGGGGCGGUCUCGCGUGGAUUGGUUCCCUUAUAGUCGGGGCGGGUUCGACAUUGUGUUGGAUAAGGGGACGUUUGACGCGGUGUCGCUGUCGGAGGAGGUCGUGGAGGAUGCUGAGCGGAAGGACGGGAGCGGGAAGACGAUCCAGCGACGCGUUUGCGAGACGUACCCUGGGAUUGCGCGACGGACGGUGCGCAAGGGGGGAUUCCUGGUGGUGACGAGUUGCAAUUGGACGGAGGAGGAGCUGGUGCAGUGGUUUACGAGGGAGAGUGGGGAGGAGGAGGAUCGGUUGGUGGUCUGGGGACGCGUUGAGUAUCCAACGUUUCGGUUUGGGGGGCGGGAGGGACAGGGGGUUGUAACGGUUUGUUUUCAGCGGGUUUAA